UAGGUUGAAUUUGCAAAUAAGUACCCUUAGUUUAUAUGUUCACUAGUCACACAAAACCCCAACAAAACCCCUAAAACGUAAUCUCAUCUUCAACCUCUUCAAACUCCUCCUCUCUUUCAAAACACAAACUCCAAAGCCGUCACCUGCUCCACCCCCACCUCCAGGCGACCUCCACCUCCAGCCGCACCUCCACCUCCAGCCGACCUCCACCUCCGGCGACCUCCACCUCCAGUCAACCUUCACAGGCAAAGCCUGCAGAGGUUUGAUAAUCUCUGCCAACAACACCCUCACUGAUCUGAAUUUCUUGAUUGCAAAUCAACACGUAAAUCUAAUGAUUCUCCAACGUUCCCUUCCAAUUCUCACUUUCUGCAAUCCCAAAUUCCUCCUCAUACCCUUCAAUUUAUCAUCACCGGCUUCAUUCUCACCCCUCAUCUCUAGAUUCCAUCACCGUUCACGCGCCCGAAUUAGAGCACUUUCCACCGCCGUCGCUGCCGCCGCUGAGAAGGAAACCGACACCUUCUUCGCCGAUCAAACUGUUUCUUGGAGUUCGUUAGGUAUUACUGAUAAAUUAUCUCGUGCUCUUACUGCCAUAGGUCUCAAUCGUCCCUCUCUCAUUCAGGCUGCUUCUAUACCUUCUAUACUUGUUGGAAAUGAUGUUGUUGUUGCAGCAGAGACUGGUAGUGGUAAAACACAUGGUUAUCUUGUUCCAUUGUUUCAUAACCAUUUAUCUACAACUACAACAUCAACAAAUGAUUCAGUCGAUAGUAUUUCUGAUGAACAAGUGAAUCAACCUCAUCGUAUAUCUCUGGUUCUUUGCCCUAAUGUCAUGUUAUGCGAGCAAGUAGUUCGGAUGGCCAGUUGUAUUUGCGAUGAUAACGGAGAACCACUUCUUCGAGUUGCAGCCGUCUGCGGACGACAGGGAUGGCCGGUUAAUAAGCCAAACAUAAUUGUGUCGACGCCUGCUGCUCUUUUGAAUUACCUUCAUGCAAUUGAUCCUGAGAGGCGGCGUCGUGCUGAGUUUAUUCGUGAUGUUAAACAUGUGGUUUUUGAUGAAGCGGACAUGCUUCUUUGUGGGAGUUUUCAAAACCAAGUUAUUCGUCUCAUAAACAUGUUCCGUUUUGAUGAAAAAGUGUUGUCACGGGCUAAAAAUGCUUCUCCUGAGAAGUCAUUGGAUAUGGAGUCUGAAUCCAGUAUCCCAGUGGAUAUAGAAAACCAUCAAGAGAUGGAAGAUGAAGACGAGAUUGUGGACGAGGCUGAUUCUGGGGAUUCCGUUGAAGAAACUGAAGCAAUUGUUAUGAAGAAAAGAGACUGGAGAAGGACGAGAGAGAUAUAUGAACGCAGUAAACAAUACAUUUUUGUAGCAGCAACACUUCCUGAAAAUGGAAAGAGAACAGCUGGCGGUGAACUGAAACGGUUGUUUCCAGACGCCACAUGGGUUAGCGGGCUUUAUCUUCAUCGCCAUAAUCCAAGGUUAGAGCAAAAGUGGAUCGAAGUUACAGUUGAUACGCAAGUGGAUGUACUUAUAGAUGCUGUAAACCAUAAAUGUGAAACAAGCGUAUCAAGUUCUGAUAGUGGGUUGAGUCGAACAAUGGUAUUUGCAAAUACGGUUGAGGCAGUUGAAGCUAUUGCCACGGUUUUACGGGGAGCAGGUAUUGAAUGCUACUGCUAUCACAGUGAGAGCUCUUUAGAAGACCGUACAAGAAAUUUAAUUGAUUUUCAACAAAAAGGUGGAAUCUUUGUGUGCACCGAUGCUGCUGCUCGUGGAACAGAUAUUCCCAAUGUUUCACAUGUUAUACAGGCGGAAUUUGCUACAUCUGCGGUUGAUUUCUUGCACCGGGUGGGUCGGACUGCCAGAGCGGGUCAGAUUGGACUAGUUACAAGUAUGUACAAUGAAUCAAAUCGUGAUCUUGUCGCUGCAGUUCGGCAAGCUGGAAAACUAUGUCAGCCUGUGGAAAAGGCGUUUAGCAGGAAGCGAAGCUUUAGGAAGAAACUGAAAAAGCGAGGAGGUGGUAAAGGUGAGAAACUAGUUGAGGAUAGGCAGCUUAAAAGGGAGGGAGAGAGGGUUAGAAACAAAGGUACGGCUAUAGACUGUUAAUCCUGGUUCGUUUACAUCUAAAUGAUCAAAAGUUGUACGGGUUACAUCUCCGAUUAGCAUGUAACAAAGUAUUUCGAGACAGCCCACAAAGCACAAUCUCUCUAAUAAUCUUAUUUGGGUAUCGAGUAUUUAUAUGUUAGAACUGGGUUUUAAUUUUGCAACAUAUAGUUUCACCUAGAGAAUAACGAAUCUUUUUUUUUACUUGCUUUAUGAGUGGCAUACAUCAUAACUUGUUCAUUUGCUAGAAGAUACAAUGGAGCUUACUUGUACCA